AUGUCUCUGAUGAUGGGCAAUCUCGCUGAUUUGGACGAUUUUGGUCGGACACAGCACCGCCUCUGCCGUUACCAGAACUUGACCACGGGCACAUACCUCUCCAAGACACAGAAGACUGACACAAUUGCGACCGGCAAGCCCCGCGAGCCGCUGCCUUUCCACACGGAAGCUUUCCCCCCCGACAACCAGAUAGAAACGACGCCGCCGUCAGAAAAGAUGUCUCUGCUGCGGCCGCCUUCUGAGCUGCAGCCACGGGGCAAGAAUGACUACCUGUCAGCACUGCCGGUGGAGCUAAAGAUGGAGAUAAUGGAGUACCUGACGUACGAAGAGUGCAUGGCACUGGCAGCGACAUCGUGGAGGAUGCGCAUCCUGGAGCAGGGCACGAUGAAGACAAGCUGGCGGAAGCAGCAGGCCAUCAGACUGGUCAGCCAGCUCAGGGGAGGUGACAAAUACUAUGGAUAUCAGAUCUGUAUAGACGGUUGUGGACAGCUGCUGCGAGAGGACUGCUUCCUGACCAUGAUGGCUUGGUCCGAGGAGGUGGCGACGCGGUCGACCUGGGGCGCUGACAUCUGUCUGAAGGUGCACGACACGUGUGUCGAGUGUCUGCAGCGAGAUGGGACUCUGGACACGCUGUUCUUUCGACAGAUGCGGAAGCUGCAGACACGGCUGUGGUCCUCCAGCCACGAAGGUCUGGCCGCAGAGAAUGACAAGUCCUACGAGCAGAUGUACGGCGAGAUCGGCUAUCUGCGGCGGCGCUGCAGCUGUUGCUGCCGGGCCAAGGUGGUGCGACCGCGGCACUGGUGCGAGGUCUGCCAGACGUGUCGGGCGUGUCGCAAGAACUGGCAGCUCAAAUACGGCGGCUUCUGCCAGCAGUGUGCCGACUGGCGAGCAGAGGCCCUGCACGCAUACAAGAUGACGACCUUCCCUGCACCAACGCUGCCGCUAGACAAUGAGGCUUGGUACAAAGAUAUCGAAUACCACCGCGAGGCAAAGGACGAGCAGCUCAUCGCGGUGCGGGAACUGGAGGAUAUCGAAGAAGAGGACGUGUCGGAUUCAGCUUGA